AUGAGCGCGAGUAACGGCGUGUCUGUUAGGAGGCAUAUGUGGGAGGAAUCGGCGAGUGUGGAGAGAGAGGCGGUCUCGGAGGAUCGGGAGGGUAUAAUCAACGGAGGAGGGGAUAUGGCGAGCGAAUCCAGUGGGGGGGAUUUGGAUUGUGAUUUCGACGUGGGAAGCGAGGAGGAGGUGGAGAGGGAGGUGGGGGAGGAGGGUGGGAACGGUGGAGGCGAGAGUGACAUUAACGGUGAAGAUACGAUCGGUCAAUGUACGAACGGCCAUGAUACGGACGAUCAAGGUGUCGGUGACGAUCAUCUAAACGGCGCCGCGAUUGGUGGAGCUAGCAGGAAGCGGGGAAGGAGUCCGAGUGAACCUGGUUUUGCGGAGGGAGGGGAAUAUAAGUCAUUGAGAGUUCCUGGUUUCGCGAGGCAUGAGAGGGAUAGCAGAGCGGGUGAUAAGGGGAGAGAAGAGGAGGCGGCGGAGGAGGAUGAAGAGGAGGAUGACGAGGAGGAGGAGGACGGGGAGGAUGACGGAUUCAGCGAGGAUCUAGAGGAGGAUAACGGAAACCGUUUAUCGGAUGGGAAUUUCACGUCAGUUGACGCAAGCGAUGACGCUUUUUUUUGCGGAGCCAUUGAGGAGGGUGAUGACGAGGACGGCGGGUUUUUGGAAGUUGCGGGUGCGAGAGACGCCGAGGGCCGGAUUGCGGCUGAUACGUGUAGCGGAGUCGAAGCUGACGUGGCCGUUGAAGGCAGAGCUGACGUGGAGCGAGCUGGAGAAGCCGCAGCGCACGCGCCGAAGGCUGACGUGGCAGCAGCGGAGAGCACGACGAAGGGGUUGCUCCCUGACGAAGUCAUUCUCGAGAUCAUCGCGCGGGUCUCGGACGCGCGCGCACGCAACUGCUGCGCUCUCGUCUUGCGCCGAUGGCGCAUGAGCGAGCGCCUCACGCUCACAUCCCUCUCCGUCCUCCGCUCCCUCGUGGACCUCCUGGAGCUUCCGCGAUGCUUCCCCAACGUGCGCCGACUCGACUUCUCGCUCUGUCCCCCCUGCGGGAAACCGCUGCUCCUCGCGGGGCCCGCGCUGGAGGUAGUUACGUCGCUCCGCGCGGCCUUUCCGCGGGUGACCUCCCUUCGCGUGCACGUGCGGGACCGGAACGACGUCCAGUGCGUGGCGGUCACGUGGCUCUGA